AUGGUGCAAAUCGUCCUGUUCCUGCUUCUGCUCAACACCUCGGCCUGCUGCGGUUUUGGCUUUCGAGGCUGCUCUCAGAACUACCCCGCGACCAAUAUCAUGUGGUGCUUCAACCAGAACAUCGCCAACUUGUCUGAUGUCAUUAGCAUGAUCCCUGAUAACGUAACAACAAUCAACCUGUCCAAGAACAAGAUCAGAGUCAUCCCACCUGGAUCAUUCAGCCAGGUGCUUGGGCUCAAAAACUUGGACCUGAGCCAGAACCAGCUGGACUCUCUAAAAGGAGGAGAAUUCAGAGGCCUGGUUGUCCUGGAUCUCCUCAACCUUACCAGCAAUAACAUCUCCAGCAUCCACUCCAGUGUCUUUGAGGGACUCACCAGGCUUCGAACUCUUCUUCUGCCCUUCAACAGACUUGCAACAAUUUCACCAGGUAUCUUUAAUUACCUUUCAGCGAUUCACGAAGUCGACCUGUCUCUCAACAUGCUCAAGACUUUCAGCUGUGUAGAGUCUGGAGGCUCCUCCACUCUUAAGCGUCUCCAUCUUUUUGCAAACUACAUCCAGAGGGUAAAUGUGAGCUGCUUCCCUGCCCUUGAGUACAUCAGGCUGUCCAAUAACUCAAAGCUGGAGCUGCAGGCAGAUGUUUUUGCCUCCAACCCAAGGCUGAAGUUUCUGCUUCUUCAGAGAGUGAAAGUGGAAGCGCUGGUGGGACUCUCUAUGGACACAAAGAGGAAUCUCUCUUGGGUGGCAUUUUCUCUGUUUUUGGACAAAUCUCCUCUGACUGUCUGUAGAGUGAUAGAAGGAAUGGACCAGCUUAAUAGAAUAGAGGUUGACCUGAAAGGAUCCAGGUUACCACAACAUAACUCCAGCCUGCUGAACUGUUCCGCCCCAGCAGUCGUCAUUAUUAUGGAUGCAAACUUUGGUAAUGUUGCCCAUUUGUCACUGGGUAAAGGGAACACGAGCGGCCUUUAUCUCAUUAACUGUGGGUUGAAGCAGAUAUCUUACACGACAUUUGACGGUUUCCAAGGACUGAAAACGCUGCAGCUGAAUCAAAAUAAGAUCGUUGUUCAGCAGGAUGCAUUCAAAGGCCUGACCGAUCUCACCUCUUUGAGUUUUGACAGGAGCAAAAUACGUGACAUCGACCCAAACUGGUUUGUCCCUCUGAAGAAGCUGACUCGUCUCUCUCUCAUAAAGAAUGAAGUCCUUGAUUUGGCACCAAAGGUGUUCAGUGCUCUCACCCAACUUGAGCAGCUCUACUUGCAGUUCAACCUGCUGAAAUACAUCACGAAGAAGCCUUUCAGUAAGCUGCGGAAGCUAACCAAGCUCAACCUCAGUUUGAACAUCAUUGAUUUCAUCGAAGAGGGUUCCUUCCAAGACCUGACAAGUCUGAGAUACCUGGACUUAAGUGGAAACCACAUCAAGAGACUCACACCAUCUAUUCUGUCUGGACUUGUAAAUUUGAGGACAUUUGUUCUGUACAACAACCGCCUCCAUUUUAGAUCUUACGAAUCUCCUUUCAUCAACCUUACUUCUCUGCAGUAUCUGGAGAUGAACUACCAGGGGCCUGGAGGUCGGGGCAUUGGGGAUAUUGGGCCGCAUUUCUUCCAAGGUCAACGUCAACUUAUCUGUGUUGGGAUUGGGCACAGCAUCUUGCUCAACAUCCACCCUGAUGCUUUCAGUCCUCUGGUGAAUUUGAAGCAACUGUAUAUAGCUGGAGUGAUUAUGAAAACGACCAACCUGAGUGCAGUGUUCUCCCCUCUGAAAAGGCUGAAGAAGCUGACUCUUUACAGGGCCGACCUCGACACUCUGCCUGCUAACCUGUUGCCUCCAGAUAAUGCACUGGAAGUUCUCAAAGUCCAGUCAAACCACCUCCACACUGUGGACAAAAUGACGCUGGAUGCUCUGCCAAGAUUGCGUACAUUGGACAUUACAGAAAACCCCCUCACCUGCACCUGUGAGAACGCCUGGUUCAAGAGCUGGGCGAUCCAUAAUGCUCAUACACAGGUGCCCUACCUGUACAACCUCCAGUGUGACAACGACCGGAGAGCUGCCUACCUGUGGCAGUUUAAUGAUAAGGCUUGCUCCUAUGAGGAGGUUUCCUUAACUCUCUUCAUCACCUGCUCUGUGAUGGAUGUGUUGUUUGUAUGUUUGUGUCUGGCCUGGCACACACAGGGUCCUGCCAUACGCUACCUGCUGCUCAUCCUCAAGGCAAAACUACGCGGACGUAGAGGGGCAGCAGGGACCAAAUUCCAGUACGACGCCUUUGUUUCCUACAGCUCUAAGGACGAGGCCUGGGUGAUGGGACAGCUGGUGCCCAGUCUAGAGAGGCCAGCUGCUGGUGCACAGAGGCUCAGACUGUGCCUCCACCACAGAGACUUCCGCCCCGGCACAGCUGUCCUGGAGAACAUCGAGGCAGCCAUCUACAGCGCUCGCCACACCAUCUGUGUGGUGACACGUCACUUCCUGCGCAGUGAGUGGUGCUCCGUGGAGUUUCAGCUGGCCAGUCUGAGGCUUCUGUGUGAUGGCAGUGACGUCCUGCUGCUGGUCUUCCUGGAGGAGAUACCUCAACACUGUCUGUCUCCCUACACGCGCCUGCGCAAGAUUGUCCGCAAGAAGACCUACCUGCUGUGGCCUGAGAAACCAGAGGAGCAGGACGCUUUCUGGGUCAGACUGAGAGAUGCUUUGAAAGACGAGGAGGAGGAGGAGGAGGAGGGAGGAAGAGGAGGAGAGGCUGAGUUGGCUCGGCUGAUUGGCUAG